AUGCAAGACGGUGAAAAAUCUGGAGUUGGAGGUAGUGUCGAUCGAGUUGGAGUAAGGGUACCCCCAUUUUACCCCGCAAAACCGACACUAUGGUUUGCUACACUAGAGAGCCAGUUUGCGAUCGCGAAUAUCACUCAAGACGCGACAAAAUAUCAUUACGCGAUAUCUCACCUGGAGCCACAUAUCGCUGAACUGGUGGAAGACAUUAUCGAAGCCCCAGCCGCCUCUGAUAAGUACGAGCGUCUCAAGAGCGAGCUCACAAAACGACUCACAGCGUCGCGCGAGAAGCAAGUGCAGCAGCUUCUGAAUCACGAGGAGCUGGGAGAAAGGAAGCCGUCUCAGUUCCUUCGUCACCUGAAGAACUUGGCAGGCCCAGGAGUCCCAGACGAAUUUCUACGCAGCGUCUGGAGCAGCCGACUACCAUCAAACGUGCAGACAAUAGUUGCCUCCCAGGCGGCGAAGUCAACGCUCAAGGAGUUAGCCGAGCUUGCGGACCAGAUAAUGGACGUAGUCACGUCCACUCCACAAGUGGCAGCAGCGUCGUCACACCCAGGUGCGUCAGAGUCGGCACAGAUAGCGGCACUCACAAGGCAAGUCGAAGCACUAUCCGCUAAACUGGACCGAAUGUCACGACCUAGGCAACGCCAAACGUCACAUCGUCGUGGACGCUCAGCUUCGACCAGGUCACUGUCCAGCUAUAAGAAGUUUCCCAACUGCUGGUACCACAACAAGUUCGGGUCGAAGGCGCAUAAGUGUGUCCAGCCGUGUGACUACUCGGGAAAUGCAAAGGGCAGUCGGUAG